AUGAGUAUUCAAAACCCUAAAAGGUCAUUCUUUGUCUCAGACUCACAGAAGCCUCCGGCGAAGGGCGCAAUUUCUUUCCGACCUCCGUCUCCGGCCUUGCCUUUUUCCGCCUCUGCUCAAAUGGAAAUGAAGGGAAUCGGGUUGAACGCAAACUCAAGUUUGCAUGCGUCACUGGCGGUAAGACAAGACUCAGCCGCAACUGAGACAACCCAAUCAAAGCCAAAAAAGAAAAUCUGUUGUGCAUGCCCUGAUACCAAAAGACUGAGAGAUGAAUGUGUUGUGACACAUGGUGAAGCUGCCUGUACGAAAUGGAUUGAAGCCCACAAGAGAUGUCUUCGUGCUGAGGGCUUCAAUAUCUGAUUAUUAUUAGAAGAAAUACAGCAAUUAAGUUACUCUCAGCUGCUAUGAGCCUACAAGACAAGAUUUAGGUUCUGUUUAUGAGAAGAAAAAAAAAUUGUGAAUAAAUACAUCAAAUUGACUCUCACUUGAUGAAUGUUCACAGGAGUUUUCUGUGAUUUUGAUAAACAAUUUUUGUUAACAUUACAGUGCUAAAUAAAUAUUUAAAACU